CACAAGUUGAAGUCAGUACAGAAGGAGAAGGUAAGACAGUUCAUGUCAUUUACUCAGACCAAUGAGAGGACUGCCCUUGCCUGUCUUCUGGCUCAUGACAUGAAAAUAGAGGUUGCCAUCGAUAAUUUCUUUCAAUUCCCAGAUCGAUAUGCCAUCAGAGAAGCAAGACAACCAACAAUAGAUAGAAAAAGAAUUGAGCAACUAUUCAACAGAUAUAAAGGUUUAAUCUUCACUCAAAUUACUGAGUUAGUAAACUUAUAUUUUGUUUUAAUAAAAAUUUUAAAAGAUUCCUUUGAAGAUGAAAAAAUCACAGCAGAUGGAAUGAUGAGAUUUUUAGAUGAUUUGGGGUUGAAUCCUGAGAGUCGAACUGUUCUCAUUCUUGCUUGGAAGUUCAAUGCUGCUACUCAGUGUGUUUUCACAAGAGAAGAAUUUAUUAAUGGAUUCAUUGAAUUGGGAGUUGAUGCAAUAGAUAAAUUAAAAAUGAGAUGUGCCACGUUGGAACAAGAAAUUAUUGACCCUGUUCGCUUAAAAGAAUUUUAUCAAUUUGCAUUUAAUUAUGCCAAAAAUCCCGGUCAAAAAUGCCUAGGUGAGUUUAAAAAAUCUGUUAUAAUGUUUCAACAUUUUCAAUUUCUUCUACAAACAGAUCUUGACAUGGCUAUUGCAUACUGGCACAUUGUUCUAAAAGAUAAAUUCAAAUUUUUAGAUCUUUGGAUUCGAUAUUUAAAUGUAAGUUUCAUUAUUUUAUUUGUUCUUCUACAUGAAAAUUACAAAAGAUCAAUAUCAAAGGAUACCUGGAACCUGCUUCUAGAUUUUUCACAAAUCAUCAAUGAUGACAUGAGCAACUAUGAUGAAGAAGGAGCCUGGCCAGUACUCAUUGAUGAAUUCGUUGAUUAUGCAAAACCAAUUUUAGACAAACGGAAUACAGAAACAGAAACAACAUUAUGA